AUGAUUAAAUGUGCACGUCAAAAAAACGAGCGCAGGAGGCGUUUGGAAGCACAUAUGAAUAAAACCGGAUAUUCUCAAGAAAAAAAGAAAAUGAUUAUGAAUUUGUUCCAGGAAAUGGAAUCAAAUUUUGUCCGACUUUGGGUUGAUGUUGCUAAUUUAUUUCAGAAGUCUAAAAUGACAAUUUCUAUGUUCGAGUUUGUUUUCAUGCUGGGAAAUGGCGGUUACGGAAAUGUCUUCCUUGUGAGGAAAAAGGAUACCAGAAAUAUUUAUGCAAUGAAAAUAAUAUCAAAAAAGAAAACCCUGACAAAAAAACAAAUUCGUAACAUCAAAGCCGAACGAGAUAUCCUUUCAGAAGCCGACAGUGUGUGGAUCGUCAAGCUUUAUUACUCAUUCCAGGACAAAAAAUCUCUCUAUUUCAUAUUGGAAUAUUUACCUGGAGGAGAUCUAAUGACUUUGCUAAUACAAAAAGGCGUUUUCAGCGAACAUUGGGCAAGAUUUUAUAUUUCUGAGCUCGUCGUGGCGAUAGAAUAUGUCCAUUCUCUCAAGUUCUGCCACCGAGACAUCAAACCAGACAAUAUUCUCAUUUCAGCAGACGGACAUAUCAAACUGUGUGAUUUUGGACUCAGUACUGGAGGUCAGCCGGGUGAGGAUAAACAGAAUCACACUGAAGGUACAUUUAAAUCACAUUUUAGGAAAAAAAUAUAA